AUGAUUAUGAACCUAGAAGCUGAUCAGCUCAAGAAAAUAAAGAAGCUGAUCAAUAAACACGCCUAUUCUCUUGCAAUUUGCAGCGGAAAUUUGGAAAUGAUCAGAUGUGUCCAGAAUUUCAUUUUAGAGCGACCAUUCAACCAAAAAGAGAUGAAAAUUGCAAUUAAUAAAGGAAGAAUUAACAUUGCAAGAUGGAUUGCCGAAAAUUCGGAUUUAUCUCAUCCAAAUAUUUCACUUAACUCAACAGAAUACUCAUUAUACUUCUAUUCACAGUAUGUGGAUCUCGGAUUCCUCCUUGAUGGAAGCAGAAUUGAUAAUUUUUCCAAUUUAAGUGUCAUAAUCAACACUUCUCAAAAGUUAGCCGACCAAAAGCCAUUGUUUUACGAGAAUUGCAACACUAACUGCAUUAGUUUGCUUGCUUGCCAUAAUUUGCUUGAUGUUCAAAAAGCAUUUAAAAUAUAUUCUAUUGAAAACAUCAGUACAAUCAAGGUUCUUGUUGAAAAUUUACCAGACAUUUGCAAGCUGACUCUGUCACACUUGAAAGCAGCACUUACAACCAAGAAUCUCACUGCUGUCGAAUAUAUUCUUACAAAAGGAGUCAAACUGGAAGAUUUGACACCAGAAGAAAGGAUUGAAUCAGCAUUGUCAUCAAAUAAUCCGCGAAUUAUCAACUGGAUCUUUGAUAGAACUCCACUUGAAGGAAUUAACGUCGCAAGACUGUAUCAUUAUGGUCCUUUCCCUUCCUGGAUCAAGAAGCUCUGGAAAGAUAAGCUGAAAGAGCUUAAUUUGGAGUAUACUUUUGAAGAAGAAGAAGAAGAAGAAGAAGAAGAAGAAGAAGAAGAAGAAGAAGAAGAAGAAGAAGAAGAAGAAGAAGAAGAAGAAGAAGAAGAAGAAGAAGAAGAAGAAGAAGAAGAAGAAGAAGAAGAAGAAGAAGAAGAAGAAGAAGAAGAAGAAGAAGAAGAAGAAGAAGAAAGAAGAAGAAGAAGAAGAAGAAGAAGAAGAAGAAGAAGAAGAAGAAGAAGAAGAAGAAGAGAAGAAGAAGAAGAAGAAGAAGAAGAAGAAGAAGAAGAAGAAGAAGAAGAAGAUAUUUCCUGGAUCAGGAAACUCUGGAAAGAUAAGCUGAAAGAGCUUAAUUUGAAGUAUGCUUUUGAAGAAGAAGAAAAAGAAGAAAAAGAAGAAGAAGAAGAAAAAGAAGAAGAAGAAGAAGAAAAGAAAGAAAUUAAACAAGUUAAGUAUACAUCUCUUGAGACGCAAAAUGCAGAACCUUUCCUUUCGAAGGAUAAAGAGCUUUCAAAAGUUGAAAAUGAAGAUGAGCGCGCAAAGUCUUCAUGCUGCAGCUUAUUGUAA